GAGUCUGUGUAUUCUGCAGCCAGUGAGGUGGUUUCUCCUCCUUUGUACAAAAACAUGUUAUUUGUCGGCAUCGUAUUCAUUAACGUCUAUAUGUGAUCUAAUCUAAACGUGAACUCAUCUUUAAAACAUAAAGUACAUUGUACUGUUAAUUUAUCAACACACACUUUAAAGAGUUUAACCGUUGUGACAACUCAAUUAAAAGCUCUACUUCUGACAAUAGAACCAGACUUCAACGCACUCUGAUUGUCAUCUGACGCGUUUGAACCUCCUCCGCUAGUGCAGGCUCUCAAAACAACAAGGGAACUCACUCGUUCAUCCACACUUCCCGUACGAGCCGCGAAACAUUACAACACAUCUGCGCCGCGUGAUGACAUCGCCGCCUUGAUGUAGUUCACGUCGGUGGUGUGGUUUUAAACAGUCACAACUCAUGCGUGUGACAGUCAGCAUGUCUGCUCUCCAUUUAAAGCUGGUGACCACCUUCUGUCUCUGCUGCACGGCCCUGAGCGGCCCAGGGAGCAGCGGAGUGGAGUGGAAAGAUGUUGGAGGAAACGUAACCAUCGGCUGCCGGCCUCCUGAAGAAGGCCAGACGUCCCUGAGUCUGAGGAAGGGUGAGGCCCAAAUCUUGUACGUACAUGGCAAAUCAAGAAGAGAAACCAUUGCCUCAGAAUUCUCAGGCAGACUUCAGUUGACUGGAGAAUUCCCCGACAUCGACAUUAUCAUCAAAAACCUGACCUCGGACGACACAGGAGCGUACUGGUGCGAGUACGAUACUGAGAUGCUGGGAAAUGGGUCGGUGCUCCUGGUGGUGACAGGGAGCAGCGGAGUGGAGUGGAAAGAUGUUGGAGGAAACGUAACCAUCGGCUGCCGGCCUCCUGAAGAAGGCCAGACGUCCCUGAGUCUGAGGAAGAGUGAGGCCCAAAUCUUGAACGUACAUGGCAAAUCAAGAAAAGAAACCAUUGCCUCAGAAUUCUCAGGCAGACUUCAGUUGACUGGAGAAUUCCCCGACAUCGACAUUAUCAUCAAAAACCUGACCUCGGACGACACAGGAGCGUACUGGUGCGAGUACGAUACUGAGAUGCUGGGAAAUGGGUCGGUGCUCCUGGUGGUGACAGAUACGAUGAGGUGUGAGGAGCCAAACGACAAUUUGACCCUGGUGUCGCUUUUGAUCUGUGGGGCCGUCCUGCUGUUGCUCAUCUUAGGCUUCCUCAUAUGGAUCAUCCGCAAGAUGUGCACACCAAGGAAACCGCAGCGCGUCCCUGGCAAUGAUGUUUAUGAGGACAUGCGUGCAACAAUCAGACGCUGAAGAUGUCGGCGUGCAGGCGAGCGGCCUGAAACCAGACGAUGAGUCUGCAUCGCUCCAAGUGAUGCAUGCGAGGAUAUGUCCCUCAGCCAAGACCUGCGACGUCUCCUCGUGUCUGGGUGAAAGACUGUUGUGGCAAUUCCAUGAAUUGCCAACAAAACACCCAGCUCUGUUUGAAUGUACAGAGAAAAACAAAAGUCUGAAUUUGUUUGUCUUUUAUUGGCACGAAAAUGAACUGGAUUGGACCCUUACAUGUAUUUUUAAUGUAAAUAUAUCUUUUUCAAUUUUGUACAUUUCUUAUAACGUUACAUUACAGGUCAUUUAGCUGACGCUUUUAUUCAUUUUUAACGCAUGGCUAUUUACAUUUUUGCCCGGGGAGCAAUUAGGGGUUAGGUGUCUUGCUCAGGGACACUUGGACAUGAGACAUGGAGCAGCCGGGACUCGAACCGCCAACCUUGCGGCUCCCAGCGGUUUACUUGAAUGUCAUAUACAUGAUGUUACUAUUGUGAUCAUCAUGGCUGUAAUUAUCGUCGUCCGGAAUAAAGCAAUAAACCACUA